AAAGCUGAUUUGUUUGUCUGUGCACUCCCGCCUUUCGGUUAGUUGACAAGCAUGCAGCGUUUAACGUUGAGGCGAAGGCUGUCGUAUAACACCAACUCCAACAAGAGGAAGAAAGUCAAAACUCCUGGAGGAAAAGUUGUCUACAUUUAUGUAAAAAAGCGAGGGACAUUUCCUAAAUGCGGCGACUGCAAAAUCAAACUUUUUGGUAUUAAGCCUUCAAGGCCUAGAGAGAGGACUUCAAUGAGCAAACGAUUGAAGACUGUCAAUCGGCCUUAUGGGGGAUCACGUUGCCAUACCUGUGUUCGCAAUCGUGUAAUACGUGCAUUCAUGAUGGAGGAGCAAAAAGUGCUCAAACAACUCGUCAAGGAGCAGAAGAGAAGAGAAAAGAAAGCGCAUCCUGUAGAACACAAGAAAAAAUAAAGAAUUGAUUAUGUAGAACAAGGAGUAACUUCAGAAAACUGUAUGCUCGCACGUCUAAGUAUAAAAAUUCUAUGAUACCAUACUUGGCACGUAUUUUAUGUGAUAGUGAAAAUAGUGUCAGGCAAGAAUUAACUAACCUUUUUUCAUCUAGUAAAUAAACAAUUUCUUCCAUCCAUCCAUCCUUAUAUACCUUCAAGUUUUACUUUUAUUAUUUCUAUUAUAUUUAUGUUCCUGUUACUUCUCUAUUUUUUUAACUCUCAGAAUUGCAAACACCAACUUAUCUCCAUGACGGCUGUAAUCUUUGUUAUUCCCCUCAGCAUAUCAUGUAAAGGGAACGUUAUAUUCAAUAUUUUUAAACAUGUUAGGAUUUCUAUACCACAUUGACAAUACUGUGUGGCACAAGCCAACGGCAAUUUUCACU